CCAUGUCACGCGACAACUAUCGAUAUCCAACACAACAAUAUUUGCGUCACAGAAGACUGGGAUGGCCACUCGAGCCGUCGGUGCUACUUUGAACGUGGUGGCGUCGAGAAGCUAAACUUUGUGGGUCUCCAAGUGGCGCAAAUGGUAUGCCUUUUUGGGAUUUAUGCACAUGCAAGACGAAUCGACGAUGCAUGCGUUGAGCAGUAACCAUGAGUUUCGCAAAACUUUUUUCAACACUCUCGUUGACUGAUGAGGAUAUUCCUCCUCGCUCUACGACGCGCCCCGCAGGCAAACCCAAAUUUGUCAAGUUUCUCCAUGGGGAUCAUGGCGAAGGCAUGCCAGAGUCUUUCUUCGAGGAUCCUCGCACAUUCAAGCCGAAACCGGGCCCACAAGGGCAGAUUCAGACGUGGGGCAUAUUUCCGUACGAAGCGGAUAAUAUCUGGGAUUUCGAUGGAAUCCAAAUGAUGUAUAGAACAAUGGCGCACCAACUCUCGUACGAUAACAACAGUGGAAAACCCUGGCCUGAGAAGCAAUUCUUAGAAGUUCUAAAGGAUCGCAAGCGCGAGCAGCUCAGAAAACUUGAUCUUGCAGAUCUUGACAAGAAGGAUAUUGUAAUCAAGAUACACUUGAAGUUUUCGCAGGAUGCUAAUGGCGACCCCCGCAUAUGGCGCCGGGUGCGCCUCUCAGCUGGUAUGAAGAUAGGCGUAUUCCAGGACAAGGUCCUCUCGCCCGUCAUGAACUGGGUACGAAACCUCCACUGCUACACGUUCACAGAUGUCAGAGACGGCGCUGUGUUUGGUCCCGAGGAUGCCAACGCAACAGACAUAAUGCAUAUCAACCAGGUCGGAUAUGAUUAUCUUCCGGAUGACAAAUACAUGCUCGCCCAUCUGUUCUCGGAAGUAGGCGAUACGUUUGCGCAUUUGUAUGACUAUGGGGACAAGUGGCACCACGAGAUCGAGAUCGAGCAAAUUUUCCCUAUCGAGGAGUCGUAUGGACGUGUCCAGAUACUCGAUGGCAAGGGAAUGUGCCCAGGUGAAAAUAUGGGAGGGUCAUACCAAUACCAAAACUUCCUCAAGGCUUACGACACUGAUUCAUAUAUCGAGCAGGUCAAGAAAAGGCGCCAAAUUCUUGAUUGCCCGAAUUACAAAGGCUUCGGCAAACCUCCUUCUCUGUUUGACGUAGAUGCAUUUGACAUCAAACAGGCUAAUGAGCGACUCACCGCGGCGCUUAGUUCGCCUAACUCAGUCAGGGCAGGCAUGAAGGCGUUCACCAUGCCCAUCAACCCCAGUGGACCCGACCCCAGGCUGGGCAAACUCAAGAAAGGUCAGAGUGUCCAGCGUGAAUGGGACCACGAGAGCCACGGAUAUUGGGAGGAGAUAACAUCCAGCACGAAGGAUAAAAGGAGCCAGUCGGCUUGUGCCGCUUGUGGAAAGCCUGGCGGCCAAGAUCUUAAGACGUGCAGUGGUUGCAGGGCCAUUUUGUAUUGCUCUGCUGAACACCAGAAGGUACACUGGAAAGAUGUGCAUAAGAAGCAGUGCUCUCGCAAAUACCUCAAAAAGUGAUGCCAUCUCAUCUCAUCCCAUCCCCAGUGUUGGUUACUAUAUCAUUCCUGCAUGGAACAAAGUAUAAUGUAGAUAUACACUAUCUAUUCCAAAAAGCGACCGAUUUACACAAUCGACCAUGUCGCCCACUCGUGUGUGAUACUACCCUCGAGCUUCUUGAAUAAUUAAAUAACACCAACCCACCGAAUAACGA